CACAUAUAAAACCAUGAGCGGAUUAGUUGCUGCAGAAAAAAUAGACAACCAUUUAGAUGACUUAUUUAAGCACUCUGCUGGUAAAAGCGAGAUCGCCGUAAAGCCUAUAUUACCACAAGAUCUACUGGCAAAAGCAGAGAAAAAGAGAAAAAAUCAAGAAAAGAAGGAAGGAAAUAGAGCGUUUAUAGGAUUUCAAAAGGCAAAAGAAUUACUAGCACAAAAGAGAAAAGCAGAACAAGCAACAGUAGAAGAAGAAGGACCAGAAAAGAAAAAGAAAAAGGUCCUGACAGAAGAAGAAAAGUUAGAAAAGGAAGAACGAACAGUGUUUAUAGGCAACCUGUCAGUUGCUUGUGUUGAGAAGGAAGGAUAUAGACAGCUCAAGUCAAAAUUUAAAGAAUUUGGUAAAAUCGAAUCCAUUCGUUUCCGAUCCGUUGCAUUUUCACAACCCAUGAACCGUAAAGCAGCCUUUCUUGCUCGUAAACUUCAUUCAGAUCGCGAUGUCUUAAACGCUUACAUUGUCUAUGAAAAGAAGGAAUCAGUUGACAAGGCUGUUGAGUUGAAUGGUACUGUAUUUAUGGAAAAACAUUUACGUGUUGAUGCCGCAACAAAGAGUAGACAGCAUGAUCGUAAACGAUCUGUGUUUCUUGGUGGAUUACCUUUUGAUAUUGAAGAAGAAGAACUGUGGGAGUUCUUUAAAGAGUGUGGCGAUAUCGAAUUUGUACGUACCAUUCGUGAUCCUAAAACGAAUGUAGGCAAAGGGUUUGGUUAUGUGCAAUUCAAAGAUCGUGAUAGCGUUGAAGCCGCAUUGAAUUUGGAGAAAAAGAUUCGUGAUAAGGUCAAGAUUCGUAUCCAACGUUGUAAGGUUUCCGUAUCCGAGGGAGGUAUACCUGAAAAGAAACCAAAAAAGAAAGGAAAGAAACCUGUCAAGGCAUCUGGUAAGGCUGGUAAACCUUUACCUAAUCCAAAGCGUCAUGAAGGUACUCGUGCUACCAAGGAUAGCGGUAAUAAAUUCAAAUUAAUCAAGACAAGUAAAAAGAGACAAGGAAAGAAAAAAUAAAUAAAGAGAUUUCUUUAAACAAUAGCUCGUUUCUUUUU